AUUCCGGCGGCCUCCCGCGAGUUUCCGCCCGGCCCCGCCGCGGCUUCCGGCCCCGGAGGAAGUGCGGGUCGCCGGAGGGCGGCUCUCCGCGAAGCCUCCGCUCCCGGCGGGCCCCGCGGGGAUCAUGUCGGGCUUGGCGGUGAGAGACCCGGCCAUGGACCGAUCGCUGCGCUCCGUGUUCGUGGGCAACAUUCCGUACGAGGCCACCGAGGAGCAGCUGAAGGACAUUUUCUCGGAGGUGGGUUCGGUCGUCAGCUUCCGGCUCGUGUACGACCGAGAGACGGGCAAGCCCAAGGGCUACGGCUUCUGCGAGUACCAGGACCAGGAGACGGCGCUGAGCGCCAUGCGGAACCUCAACGGCCGCGAGUUCAGCGGGCGCGCCCUGCGCGUGGACAACGCCGCCAGCGAGAAGAACAAGGAGGAGCUCAAGAGCCUCGGGCCCGCGGCGCCCGUCAUUGACUCCCCCUACGGGGACCCGAUCGACCCCGAGGACGCCCCCGAGUCCAUCACCAGGGCCGUCGCGAGCCUCCCCCCGGAGCAGAUGUUCGAGCUGAUGAAGCAGAUGAAGCUCUGCGUCCAGAACAGCCAUCAGGAGGCGCGGAACAUGCUGCUGCAGAACCCGCAGCUGGCCUACGCGCUGCUGCAGGCCCAGGUGGUGAUGAGGAUCAUGGACCCCGAGAUUGCGCUGAAGAUUCUGCACCGGAAGAUCCACGUCACGCCCCUGAUCCCAGGCAAAGCUCAGACCGUCUCCGGCCCGGGCCCCGGCCCCGGCCCCGGGCCUGGGCCUAGCCCUGGACUCUGCCAGGGUCCGAGUGUGCUGCUGAACCAGCAGAAUCCUGCUCCUCAGCCGCAGCAUUUGGCCAGAAGACCUGUCAAAGACAUUCCGCCGCUGAUGCAGACCCCGAUCCAGAGUGGGAUUCCGGCGCCCGGGCCAAUGCCAACUGCUGUCCCCGGACCUGGGCCGGGCUCCCUAACUCCCGGCGGGGCCAUGCAACCCCAGGUUGGAAUGCCGGGGGUUGGGCCGGUACCUUUGGAGCGGGGUCCAGUGCAGAUGGCAGAUCCUAGAGCCCCAAUACCGCGUGGACCCAUGAGUGCUGGUGGCCUCCCUCCUCGAGGACUGUUAGGAGAUGCACCAAAUGACCCACGUGGAGGGACUUUGCUUUCAGUCACCGGAGAAGUAGAGCCCAGAGGCUACUUGGGCCCACCACAUCAGGGGCCCCCCAUGCACCAUCCCUCUGGUCAUGACGGCCGUGGCCCCUCUGCACAUGAUAUGAGAGGUGGGCCACUGGCAGAUCCCCGACUGCUCCUUGGAGAGCCCCGAGGACCCAUGAUCGAUCAGAGAGGCCUACCUAUGGAUGGCAGACCUGGCAGAGAUGCUCGAGGUCUGGAGGCCCGAGCUAUGGAGACGGAGGUCAUGGAGACCCGUGUGAUGGAGAGAAGAGGAAUGGAGGCCUGCGCGAUGGAAACCAGAGGAAUGGAAGCAAGAGCAAUGGAUGCAAGAGGAAUGGAGAUAAGGGGCCCCGGCCCCAGUUCUAGAGGCCCCAUGGCUGGUGGAAUCCAGGGUCCUGGACCCCUUAGUAUGGGAGCAGGUGGUCCUCAGGGACCCAGGCAGGUCCCAAAUAUUUCUGGGGUGGCAAAUCCUGGAGCUGGCAUGCAGGGAGCUGCCCUGCAGGGGCCGGGCAUGCAGGGAGCUGGCAUGCAGGGAGUGGGCAUGCAGGGGGCGGGCAUGCAGGGAGGAGGAAUGCAGGGGGCAGGCAUGCAGGGAGGAGGGAUGCAGGGAGCAGGCAUGCAGGCAGGAGGUAUGCAGGGAGCAGGCAUGCAGGGAGCUGGUAAGCAAGGUGGAGGCCAGCCAAGCAGUUACAGUCCUGGGCAGAGUCAGGUAACGCCACAGGAUCAAGAAAAGGCAGCUUUGAUCAUGCAAGUUCUACAACUAACUGCAGAUCAGAUUGCCAUGCUGCCUCCAGAGCAAAGGCAGAGUAUUCUGAUUUUAAAGGAGCAAAUCCAGAAGUCUACUGGAGCUUCUUGAAAGGAUUUAGAAAUAUACUUUGCAAUAGGCCCAGGAAUUUUCCUAUAGCAUGAAGAAUGGGUGCAAAAAGUUAACUUGUGCAUCCCCACAUUUGAAUGAUUAGUGGUUUCCCACGUUCCAAAAAUGUAAUCUCAUUUUUCUUGUUGUCUUUUUUGUGUGUUUAAAUUGGAGGAAGGGUUUGUUUGUUCACGCCAAUUCACUGUAAAUGUAAAAAUAACUGGACAAGAAUUGUUUAUACUAAAGAUUACAAAGAACAUGCAGUGACAGUAAAAGUGUACAGUGUUAAUUGCAUUAUUAGAAUUUUAAGUAAAACUCAAAAACCGCACAAAAUACAUAAAGGUCACCUGUUGAUAAUGUACUGAUAGUUUUAAGAUAUUUGGUUGUAUAAGAAGUUUUACCUCAAAAUUCUUAAGAUAUAUUUUUUGUAAGCUAUUUAAAAUAUCAGACCCUGUUUUUUGUGGGGUGGCAAUAGAAUGGUGUGCUGCAUUGUGUUUGGACUUAUUUUAAAAUAUUAGAGCUAAUAGGACACAUCUAAACUUGUUUUGGACCCCCCCUCUCCUCCCAAAAAACAAAAAAACUACACUACCUGAAAAAUCUAGACAUGCAUCUGGUUUCCCAACAGCAGAGAACAUCAGUUUUGUGGCAUGGCUUAAAUGCCAUGAUAUUCCUGACCCAGUAUUAUGAUCAACAACUAGGUUACUUGAGUCUUCUCUCAUGAGAUUCAGUUUAUCAAUACCUUUUGAUUUGUUAGUCUUUAUGUCCAAUUUGAGUAAUUCUUUAACAUUCUUUGUAAAAAUCAUUAAGGACUAGUUAUCUUGAUGACUAUCAUACAGCUUUGGGCUUUGCAUAAGUAAUUUGUGGAGGAUUUCAUUCAGUAAAGUACAAUUUUCCUGAUAAUAAACUUCAAUACAGAUGCUAUCCGUAUGGUUAGCCAUGAUUAAGAGUUAAAAAUAUUACAACAACAUUUAAUAAAAAUACCUUUCAGUUUUCAUAUCUCAGAAAAUCUAUUUGUCACUUAAUAUCUUAUCAGAAUAAUGUUGAAGCCCGGUUAUGCAGAGAUAAUUCUUCUAGCCUAAAUUCUCAGCACAGUUGGUUAUUCUUAAAUAACCCAUGAGACAUUUAAAAAUCAAUAGGAAGGUAGGGCUUAUAUAUCCUUUUGUGCUAUUAAUUUUUAAGCCUUGAGGAUAUGGACACCAAAAAUUCUGUAAUAGACCAACUAGUAAUUGGAAGAAAUAAACAGAUAACCAGGUACUCUCUCUAGAGAAGAAAAACCAAGAACUCAUUACAGAAGGGUUAAAAAAAAAGUAUUUCAUAUAAAGAUAGCAGAUGGAUGAAUGUUGUAAAUGGGUAAUUCAUGCUGAAGUUUUCAUCCCUAUAAUUGCUACCUGUUUUGCCACUGUUUUUGUUGUACCCGUGUUCAUAGAAUAUUCCCAGGUUUUCUAUAUACUUCCCCCAGUAUAAAGGGUUGUUAACUCUCCUUAACACGUGUGCUAAUUCUGAUUAAUGCUAUUCACAGAGUUGGUGUGGUUACUUUGUAAUUAUACAUGCUCUGUCCCAAAGCUUUACCUAUGGGCUCUAACUGAAAACUAUUAAGUGUUAUGUUCUGUGUUGUAGUAAAAUCUUUGUAUUGUUUAAUGUGGAGUAAAUAAAGUGUUUAAGACUAA